CAACACUUCAACAUCUGACAAUCAAAUCCAGCAGCCAACACCAACAACCAGCCCCCUAGUCUCCACCCGACCUACCCUCUCUUCAUUACUCCUCCAACAACAACUAAAAUGCCGCGCGACCCCAUAACCGCGCAGCUGACCCCCUACCAAACCGCCGUAAUCCCGCUCCCCGACGAGCUAGCCUACGAAACCUACGUCAAAAACGCAACGGGCCGGAUCGUGCUCGCCUGUUUCUGGCCCGAGGACAAGACGUCGCGGAUCCUGAUCACGGCGCUGGCGAAGCGGCUGCCGGACCUGCAGGCGCUGGGCGUGCAGGGCGUGUACAGUCUGGAUGUGUACUCGCUGCCGAAGAUUGCGGAGGAGUUGGAUGUUACGUUUGUGCCGACGCUGAUGUGGUGAGUUUUUCUGUUUUACGUGGGAUUGGGGGUGGGGCGGCUGAUGGGUGCAGGUUUAAUGAUCGCGUGCAAGACUCGUUGGUGUGGCAUGAUGGCGUGCGGAUUGAGGGCGAGAAGGUGAGUGGAGGGGUGCAGAGGAUUAUUGCGCGGAUUGCGGAGGCGGGGUUGGAGGAUGAGGAUGGGGAUGCGUGGGAGGGGAUGGGGGG